CCAAGCAGUUUCCCAGCAUGCCAUUGAUCUGCGUCUGCGGACCGUCUGACCGUCACCCAGGUUGCUGGAGCGGCUGAUCUGAUCUCCGGGUGUCUCCGGGAUGAAAGCGGCUCUGCGAUAAAGGAGCAUCUCCUCGCCUUUCUGUUCUCCACAAGCCGAGCUUUCGCUCUCCCAGCGGCGGACAUGAGGAAGCCACUGUGCGAAUUGGCCCUGACAUUAUGGCUAUUUCUAGAGUGUGUAGAAGCCAAGAAGUACUGCUGGUAUUUUGAAGGUGGAUACCCCAUCUACUUCAUAUGUCGCUCCUAUGAGGAUUGCUGUGGGACUCGCUGCUGUGUGAGAGCCCUGUCCAUCCAGAGACUAUGGUACUUCUGGGUGCUGCUCAUGAUGGGAGUAUUGUUCUGCUGUGGUGCUGGCUUCUUUGUCCGCAGAAGGAUGUAUCCAUCCCCUCUGAGAGAUGACCCAGCUUUCAACGUCUCCUUCACCAGGCACCCUGUCAGCACACCAGUUUCCCAGCAGCCAGGGGGUAUGCAGGGCUUUGGGGUCAACGGGAUGACAGGUGGCGACACAGGGGUUACCAUGACACACCCGGCACAGCCUGGCUCCACCCAUAUGAUGAUGGGCGCCUACCCUCCACCUCCGUCCUACUGCAACCACCCGCCUCCGUCCUACGAACAAAUAUUUCAAAACAACGUCAAGAAGUAACUUCCACAAGGAACUCAGGAUAUGGUACUCGGCAAGGAAAAAGAGAAGGAGGCCGUGAGAGGCUGCAUUAUCAGGAAGUUUAGAUGAAGAUGAGGAAGAGGAAAGCCUGCCAAUUGAUGCAAUUCAACGGUUUGUGGAUGUAAGACUUGGAAAACACACAAUCUCUUGUCCUGUGGAUACAGUAACCAGAAUCUAGAUGCACAGACACACUCUUUUACUCACACACACUGCUACAUCUGCAGUGCUUCAUAUGCUCUUGAUUUAUGUGGAUCUAUGUGUACAGUGAUAAUCCCAGCCUUGUUGAACUGAAGACAAGCAAGGAUGCACCCGUUCAGGUUUUGGAUUCACCCACUGUCAAUUGUCUCCUCCACCUUCCCAAUGCAACUACAGCUAUAACUUUGCAAAAUGGAACAGAAAAUGACAGUCAAACUCAUUAUGUAUUAAAAUGCUGGAUACUGUUUGUCUCAAUGGACAGUGUUUAAAUAAUUGUUUAGAAAUACUUUCAACUGAACAGCUGACAAAUGUAACAAAGUGAACAACAUUAUUAUAAAACAACAUUUUGUAAAGGACUAUCUCUAUACAAACCAUUCUAAAAAGCACUUUUAAGGAUGGCAUUGACUUAUUUUCCAUCCAGCAUUUUACUGCAAGAUGGGCUCUUUACUAAGCGAUGAGUUCUUGAUCCAUUUUUUAUCACAGUAUGUGUAGUCCCGUUAUGUAAUGACAUAAUGAUCUGCUCCAGUAGUCACUGGCUCAUUCUCUGUUAGCAGCAAUGAAGACUUUAGUUGACUACAAGAUGAAUCAGACAAGUACAGAGUGACGCUGAGAUGGAAAAGUGGCAGAUGUAUGCCACUCUAUUUCUGGUGUCCUAUGGUUGGUAUGUCGCUGCUGUUCAUAUGGGAAAUGUCCCUUUUGUUCCACCACACCCCACUGGAAUAUCAAGAUUCUGCCACUGACAUGUGCCCCACUUCAUGGCAUAACAUUAUAUUGGAAGAUAACCACUCCUUCAACGCAGCUGUCAUUGAUAUAAUAAACGCUAUACUUUUCUGGCAGCUAACCUAGUUAGUCUAUCCCUAGCUACAUAUUAAAGGACAAUUCCGGCGCAAUCGCCAACAAUAAUGGAUUUACUCACAGGGCUAAAGUAAAUCCAUGCAAAGUUGAGUUUGGACCCCCAAAUUUACGCCACUUAUCAAAAACAAAUCAACUUGACGGUGCUGACUUACGAUAGCUAUCCCCGGCCAGCUAGUGGGUUAGCAGUUAGCUCACCAGCAGAACAGUAGUUCACCAACUAGCCAUGGUAGUGUUGUGAAUAUGUCACCAAGCAUUUUGAAUAAAAUAUUUUGCAAAGACACUCAGAUUAAUUUCGCUGCACAACUUUCUAAUGUGAGCAGCCCUGUAGUUACACCAAUUGAAUAGCCUAAACUAGGGCAGCUACAGAGCUCCUCAACACCGGCUUCAGUGCUCUGCAUGGUGCUCUGUCAGGUCAGCUGUAGUUGGUGGUUCAGUUAUCCGAGAAUAGGUGACUGUCAGCCGGUUACAGAGCACCGCGAGCUGCCAGUCAUUUCGGCGGAGGUUACGGUUAAGUAAGUAAUGAAACGAGUAGUUAAGAAAAGAACUAAUGUUAGUUGCUGCCAUGUUUGUGUAUCUCUAUGGCAAACGUGCGGGAUGAGGGGUGAGCCCAUUCGGAACUACGGGAGCCCAGAGGCUCGAUGUUAAGGAGAAAACCAAUUUUCAUUUAAACAAGUCAAUGUUAACUACACAUUCAAGUUAGUUGAUACAAUCGAUAUAUUGCCCAGCCCUAGCCUAAACUAGCUACUUUUGUUGUGCCAUUUGGAGCAGUCAUUUAACAAGUGAAAUCUGAUUUAAACCACCUGUCUAUAGUUCCUUUUAAAUGCUGAAAUAUAUUAGUGCAACUUUUUAAUUUAUUUAGAAGUUACUGCAAGUGAUGGAGUUGCUGCAGUGCAUUUUUCACUGGUUCAUUAACAUUUCUGUAGUGCCUUCUUGUACUCUUUCUUUAAAGCCCAUGUGACCCAUCAUUAAUUCAUCUGUUCAACCAACAGUCUAAACCCCAAGAUAUUUAAUGAACUAUCACAUAUGAAAAAGAAAAGCAGCACAUUCUCAUAACUGAGGUGCUGGGACAAAGUAGUGAGUCUGAGUUUAUUGAAUUCAUGCUCACAAUUAAACAACUGUAUAAAAAGCAGAAUUUACAUCAGUUUAGAAAAAUAGAAAGUCUGGCCCUAUAAAAAUAAAUAAAUAUACAUAAUUACACAUAUGUACCCAUACAUUUAUACUCACAUACAAACAACCAUCCACUUAUAAACCAUUCAUAUGGUCUAUGUAAGUGCCUUAAAACA